GGACGAAACGGGAUUUUCAGCUUCCCCGCCCCAUCCGGCCCGGAAGGAUAAACUUGACACCUAAUAUUCAAGGCAGGAAACCUCUCUAUUGUUGUUUCGCGUCGCCCCGGGACGUGCGUAUGGUGGGGAAAGUAAACACAAGGCUCGGCCACUCAGUAUGCAUACAGCACAUCGCAGCAACAGUCAACAAUUUUGACGACAACCUCAUCGCCAACAACACACACAAGAUGCCUCGAGUGGCCCAAGUACCGCGCGCAAACAGCCGCGCAGGCAGCGUCAGAGCGACCUCUGGGUCCAUGAACACAUCGCCCUUCAAGAACUCACCCGUCAAGUACGUUUGCGACAACAGCCCGCUUACCGAUUUUGCCUAGCAACGAAACUAAACAAUGUACAGAAUCCCCCUCAACGAUGAUGCGGGAGAAAAGGCGCGACGAGCGCAAUCACGCCACGCAUUUCAUGAGCGCCAGCGCAACGAACUUAAGGCUGCCGCCGCGACACCUCUGCGCAGAGGCAACGGCAGCUUAGAAGAUAUCGAGAAUGAUACACCGGGCUCGAACCCCAAGACACCCCACGCCCGCGGCAGCCGAGGCAGGCAAGUCAUUGACGACGACGACGAUGAAGGCUUUGUAGUCAGCGGGAGCGCGGUCACGCCUAUGAAACGGGUCCCGAUUCUUGCCAACUUUGAGGAGUGGAUGAAGAUGGCCACAGACAACAAGAUCAACGCAAACAACUCAUGGAAUUUCGCCCUGAUCGACUACUUCCACGAUAUGUCGCUUCUCAAGGAGGGAGACGGAGUCAACUUCCAGAAAGCCAGUUGCACGCUGGAUGGCUGCGUCAAGAUUUACACAAGCAGAGUCGACAGUGUCGCAACUGAAACCGGAAAGCUACUGAGUGGUCUUGCGGACAGCAACAACAAGAAGAAGGGCAAGGAGGGCGACGAGGUCGAGGGCGAAGAGAGCGAGGAGGAAGUCGACGAAGACGGCAACGUCAGGAAGAAGCCGAAGCGCAAGACACAACGUUCUUCCGAGGCGACCCUCGCGCCCAACUUCUCCUCGCUUCAACUCAAGAAGUUUGAACUAGAAUUUGCCGUGGAUCCCCUUUUCAAGAAAACCUCCGCAGACUUCGACGAAGGUGGCGCCAAGGGUUUGUUAUUGAACCACCUCAUGAUUGAUGCCCAAGGACGCAUCGUCUUCGACAGCAGUGACGAAGUUGGUGACGCACACACCUCAAAAACCCGAAAGAAGAACGAAGACGCCGACGAUGAGGAAGACGAGAACACAGAGAUGCAGGAUGCUUCGGCGGUACAAGAGGAGCCUGAGCAGGAGAGUGCCGAAGAUGUUGAGAUCGACCUGGGAGCCCUCGGCGCCAAGUUCUUUUCCGAUCUUGGCCGCCUUGACGAGCUUGACGUUUGUCCGUCACUGAAGAACUUCGACCUCGGCGAUCCUUCUGGUUCCAUGGACAUUCCUUUUCUCAGAGCACCGGAAGAUUGGAGAGGCGACCAAGACAAGGACAAGAACCCAGACUCGCUGGGCGACAAUUCUGGCAUGUUCAUUGACGGCGACAACGCUGCUGGCUUCGACGAUGACGACCUUGGACUGGGUGGCUUUGAGCUUGGCGCCGACGUGGCUUUUGGUGAGGGUGGUGAGGCUUGGGCCAGGGAAGCCGCCCUUGAGCCCCAAAUGCGGGUCUACGAUGCUGGCCUAGGCGAGGAGGCUGGCGAUGGUGACGGGGUCGAGAUGAUGGACUCUGACAAUGGGGAUUUUGUCGUGUCCAUGUCUCACGCUAAGAGUGCCGACAAGAUGCACGAAGACAUUCUCGGGUAUUUCGACCAAGCGCUGCAAAAAAACUGGUCAAGUGCCGAGCACUGGAGAAUCAGAAAGAUCAAGGACGUCAACAAGCCGGCUGGUCCUGCCAGGGUGCGCAAAGAGAAGGAGCCAUUCGAGAUUGACUUCUCAGCACCCCUCGAUCAAGCCUUGGCCGACGUCUUGUACACUCAAGCGUCAAGCAACUCCGCCGUCUCUAUGCCCAAGAAGGACUGGAAGUCAAAGUCCCGCAAUCUGCUGCCUGAUGAUAAGCACUUUAACUCCAAAUCACUUCUCAACCUCUUCCUCAAGCCUAAGGCACGCCUUGGCAGGAGACGUAUCCUCGGAAACAGGGGCGGCAUGUUCGGCAAUGCCGGACAAGAUAGAGAUGUCCCAGAAGGAGAGAUGGACGAGGCGUUCUGGGCAAACCAGAAGGCCCCUGUCAAGAGUGAGGACGAGCCGCUGCCGGAGGGAGAUUACGAUGCAAACUUCUUCCAGGACGAUGCUCUGCCGUUUGCCGGUGGCUUGGACGACGACGAUGACGAGUUUGCGGAUGCCCGGGAGCACUUGUCGCCCGGCGCCGAAGGCGACGUCGGAGCCACAGAAGCUCUUGGCAUGACGGCCUUGCUUGGCGGCGACGCAACCACCAAUGCUCUGACGGGCGCUUUUGGAACGACUUUGGUUACUCAAACCCGUCGCUUGCGGCCAGAUUAUGUGCAGUUCGCGCGUGUUGCUAAGAAGGUGGAUGUGAGGCGUCUGAAGGAGGAGAUCUGGAAGGGCAUGGGUCUUGAGGGCCUGGAUAGCGUGAGUCGAAUCUCUCGGUCGCCGUUGACACCAGAGAAUAAAUUGUUGCUAACCCAUCACUAGGAUUCCACAAGACUUUCUUCGCCUGAUGCCCCAGCGCCACCGCAAGAGCCGCCCGCAAAGGAUACGGAACUCAAGUUCACCGAGGUCAUGAAUGGUCUCGGCUCGGUGUAUCCCAAGGCGAUGAUGGAGGACAUCUCGACAAGUUUCUGCUUUAUCAGUCUGCUGCAUCUCGCCAACGAGAAGGGUCUCGUCAUCGAGAAGACACCCGAGCUCACGGAGCUGAACAUCCGCAAGGAUUGGACGGCCGAGAUCGUGGGAGGGGAGUAAGAAAGUCGUGCUGCUCUCGUCGCGAAAAGGGGAAAAGGUAAAAAACGGAGGGAAGAGGUGUGGCGGAAUCCUGUUUUACACGCCGAGGCAUCGGCGUUUGUGUGUCUUUUGUUGAACGACGGCAUGUUUGAUUUCUGGCAACGUGUGUUGGGUAAACCUUACGUCUCAUAAUGAACUGGGCGGAAACAUUCCAUUUUUUUUUU